GAGGAAGAAACACAGGAGAGCUUCCGGUCAUCUGUCACUGAGAAAUACUAAACGGAGAUGUAUAUCGCCUUUUGCUGAGACUUACACACACACACACACACACACUAACACAUACUCCCACACGCACAGAGCAUGUCUUUCUGCAAGUUCUUCGGAGGUGAGGUCUACAAGGAUCAUUUCAAACCAGGUAUGUAUGUGUGCUCCCAGUGUAACCACCCGCUGUUCUCCAGUCGCUCGAAGUUCGCCCACUCGUCUCCCUGGCCGGCGUUCACCGACACCAUCCGAGAGGACAGCGUCACCAAGAUGAUGGAGAGCCUCACUGCCUUCAAGGUUCUGUGUGGCAAGUGUGGCAAUGGGCUGGGUCACGAGUUUGUAAACGACGGCCCGGAGGAAGGGGUGUCACGGUUUUGAAUAUUCAGUACCUCGCUCAAGUUUGUCCCCAACAAAGGGAAGCAGUAAAGAGCGAGGUGUGGGUUUCUCUGUGGGUGUAUCUGCUGCUCCAGGAUCAGUGAACGGGUCGGUCAGUGUGUGACGUUGACAGGAAAAAAACCCGAGAGGGACGUCCUGUCCACUGAAGGAUCUUUGACCAGCCUGUGACCCCUGCAAAUACUCCAAACACAAUGUUAUAGAGUACCUCAUAUUUAAAUACAUUUGCUGCAGUAUCUGCUUAAUAAUGCUGGUACUAUUGACUCCAUUUCACUUUGAUGUAGCCAUAUUAUCUAUGCACUGAAGGAGUCCACAUUUCUACUCAGUCUGGGUAUCUGUUUUGUAGCAAAGGAACUGUAGAGAGUUUUAUUAUUUCCUUUAUGUUUUGUACUUUAAGCUUCAUGAAUGAAAUAUAUUUCUCCAAAAGAUUUGUAUUUUGGAGUCAAGAUUUGUCGGACUUUUGCGUUACAUUUGGAUUUGUCUUCAACGGUUACAGGAAGUGACAGUAAUUCUCAACGAAGAAACAAUAAAUAAAUUAUAGUUUGAUAGA